ACAACAAAUCAAUUUGCCCAGAGAAAAAAAAUAAUUCUCAAAUCGUAACUUUUGUAAAUAUUAUAUUUUAUUUUUCUUUAGAAUAAAAACAACCCCCUGCUUGGCAGCGGGGCAAAGAGGGGAACGAGAAAUUUAAAACCUUGAAAGAAAGAAAAAAAAAAAAAAAAAAAAACAUAAUCUUAAAAUUCAACCGUAACUGACGAAAUAGCAGAGCACAGCAGAGUGAAAAUUUCUUUGUUUAGUUUCUUCUGGUAAAUCAACGUGUGUAGGUCAACACGUUAUGUUAAAAAAAAAAUAAUAAAAAUUUGUUUAAGAAGAAAAAACAAAUAGAAAAAUAACUGUAAAUAAAUAAUUAUAACCAAAUUUUAUUUGAGAUUGAUAGUAGUUAUUUGAAAUAAAUAAUAUGGAAGACAAGAAAUACAUAACUCAGUUAUAUGCAUCAACACCACGUCCAACAAUUAAACGGACACUUGUUAAGAUUUUUAAAGAAUAUUGUUAUUAUCAAACUGGUCCACCAUGUCGUGAUGAUGGUUCAAUAUUUUAUGUGUGCAAAGAGAAAACAACGGAAAAUAUAAAAUGCCAAGGACGUGGUUAUCUUCAUAAUAAUGUAUUUUAUGAAAUUAUUGGACACAAUCAUCCAAUUAAUGAAAAUGAUAAUUUGAGACGUUUAUUUAAAGAUGAAAUGUUUGAAGUUUGUUUGAUGUUUCCAAAUAGAUCUGAACGACUUUUAUACAACGAAAUUAUUGAAGAGUAA